GGGGGGGGGGUCAGGGCCGAUUCCCAAGAUGGCAGCCCCCGGCUUGCUGCGCGGUGGCUGGAACCGGCUGGUUUCUGGUCUCCUGGGGCUGGGGGCCGGCUGGGCCCGGCCUCCGGCCCGCGCGCUCCGACAGGUUUUUGAAGUUACAGAAGGAAGUACAACUGUUAUUGAGGGCAAAAUUAUAGAAGAUGUCAAAACCCCAACUCCUCCUAACCCUUCUGGUCAGUGUCCCAUUUGUCGCUGGAACCUGAAGCACAAAUACAAUUAUGAGGAUGUCUUAUUGCUGAGUCAGUUCAUCCGUUCUGAUGGAGGGAUGCUGCCCCGUAGGAUCACAGGUCUUUGUCUGGAGGAGCAUAAGAAGGUUGCAGUGUGUGUACAAAUGGCUCACCGAGCAGGUUUGCUGCCAAACCACAGGCCGAUGCAUUCUGAAGGGCAUGUUUCCAAGAAACCCAAGCUCAACAGGGUAACGGGAGUUGCUGCCCAGCUGCUGGCCUCUUGGCUGAGUAUCUUACCCGCUGGUCAGUCAGAUCUGCUAAGCCCAUCUGGAAGAGAGGCCCUAAGUGGUGCCGAGUCCCCUUUCGUGUUGGACACCCCUUGCUGAUGAAUAACAUCAACUAUAGGCAGAGGCCUGUUUAUUUAAAUCACUGAGGCACAGAGGAACUUGCAUAGCCAGUGGAUCACAGCUCUUCAGGCUACUCUGCCCUUGUUCUGGGUUUCUCAGCUCCAGCAACACUCUGAUUCCAAGCAUCUCUCCUUUUAGCAUUCUGCAUUGUCUCCAGUGAGCAAGCAACCAUCUGCUCCUCUGGGGACAUGCAGGAUUCGACAUCAUUGCCUUCCUGUGCAGGUAGAACAAGGGCUGACAUUUGACUGUCAUUUAAAAGCAGGAAAGGAUCGGAUCAUUGCUUCAUGACGACCCAAGAGGGUUUUUGCAGCAGGAAGCUUUAGAAGGAGAAUACCUCUCAGAUCUGAUCUGUCAAUGGCCCAAGCCCUAGAACCUUUGACUCUGAAGAAAAGCUCUCUGCUCCCUUCUACCUCAUCAGGAGUGAGGGAAAUUGUGUUAAUCAGUGCUGAAGUGGAAUAUUUUUGAAGUCUGUAAUGACCUUAGUUUGAGGCAGAAAACACAUGACAGUGGCAGGCAGGCAUUUGGCAUGAUCAUUGUGUCUCACUAUGUGCUUGUUAGGAUUACUUACUGGGUCCCUGUAACUCCUGUGCCUGACAAAUACAAAACACAUUGACACCCUUAA